AUGAAUGAGAAGGCGUACGCGGAGGGCCGUGAUUUGGAGACUUUAAAUUGCCAGACUGAAAUCAUGGAACUGGAAGAUUCUACUAUUGAUCAGCAAACGCAACUGAAUUAUAGAAUUUGGAAGAAGAAUACACCAUACUUGUACGACUACAUAUCAACCAACUCACUACUUUGGCCGUCAUUAACUGUACAGUUUUUCCCUGAUUUAGAACUGUCAUCCAAAAAAGAGUACAACACGUCCUUAAAGAAGGAAUCAAACGAUUAUGAUGUUAAUUAUCAGCGAUUACUACUUGGUACAUUUACACUAGGGGAAUCUGUCGAUAAUAUAUCGAUUCUACAGCUUCCUUCCUAUAGGAACCUAAAUGAAAAUUUUAGCAUAGACAAAUUGAACUAUAAUUAUGAUAAGAAAGAGUUUGAGAUCCCAACUUUGACUAAAAAGAAGAUAAAUGUUCUUCAGAAGAUUAAUCAUUUUGGAGAUGUGAAUAAAGCGAGAUAUAUGCCACAGAACCCCGACAUUAUAUCUACCGGUAAUAAUAUGGGCGACCUUGUAAUAUAUGACAGGACAAAGCAUAGCACUUUCAAAAGCAGCUUAAUAAGUGACGAUUCGAACGUCGAUCAACCUCAAUUAUUGCUCAUUAAUAGUAAUCAAGAUCACGGCUCAGAUAUUUUCGCCAUUGAUUGGAAUAGACAAAAAGAAGGAACAAUAAUUUCUGCUGACAUGAAAGGUAACAUAAAUGUAUUCGAUAUAAGGAAUAAUUUUGUUUCAAAAGAUGAUCACUGUCUAUAUGAGUCAUGUCACUUUGAUAAUAAUAAGAUCGGAGUAAACGAUAUAGAAUGGGUGCCAAAUCAUGAUUCUCUCUUUGGAAUGGUUGACGACAGUGGACGGUUAAGGAUCUUUGAUAUCAGAGACCCAACUUCCUCGGUCAUGGAGCAAAAGCAAGAUCAAAGCAUAAAUAGUUUGAGCAUUAAUCCUGGGAAUAAUUUUUGUAUUGCGACAGGUGAUUGUUCUGGUACCAUAAACGUUUGCGAUAUAAGAACUCUUGGAACAAAAGGUUCUGAAAGCCCGUAUUCAUUCAAAGGAAAUAAUGAAUCAAUAACACAAUUAAAGUGGCAUCCUAAAUACCAUAGUGUAGUGGGAUCUUGUUCUACAGAUAAAUUUGUGAAAUUUUUCGAUCUUGCGAAUUUCGAAGACCAAAGUGGCCUAAUGUUUGUACAUGGUGGACACAUGUUGGGUGUCAAUGACUUCGACUGGUCGUUGCAUGAUGACUGGUUGACUGCCAGUGUUGCAGACGAUAACUCAUUACAUAUCUGGAAGCCUGCUGAUCAAGUUAUUAGCAGCUACUCGUCCAAGUAA